AUGGAGAUUGCAGGCUUGCUCAGUGAGACUUCAGAGCUGCAAACUCCCAAAGGGAUUGCUGACCACUCUCACAGUAAUGACUUGACCUUUAUCAGCAUCCAUGGACAACAGCCAUCGAUACUUGAUAUUCACACAGCUCCUCCAUUAGUGCCACUGCACAGGGGCCUUCGUGGUGGAAGUGACUGCCAAAUUAUUGGGACUAUUCCUCUGAUGCCGAAUCCGGGGCCAUCGAGUCAAGCAGCGAGCGGCACUCAGGGCCUUCAAGUGCAGCCGAUCACCCCCCAGCUCCUGACAAACGCCCAGGGCCAGAUCAUCGCCACGGUCAUCGGGAACCAGAUCUUGCCGGUGAUCAACACCCAGGGCAUCACGCUCUCACCCAUCAAGCCCGGCCAGCAGCUCCACCAACCCUCCCAGACGUCAGUGGGUCAAGCAACCUCCCAAAGCAGCCUCCUGCACCUGGCUCACAGCCAAGCAUCCAUGUCUCAAAGUCCCGUCCGCCAGGCUUCCUCUUCUUCCUCCUCAUCCUCCUCUUCUUCAGCUUUGAGCGUGGGCCAGUUAGUCAGCAAUCCUCAAACGGCAGCGGGUGAGGUGGAUGGGGUUAAUCUGGAGGAGAUCCGAGAAUUUGCCAAAGCUUUUAAAAUCCGGCGCCUGUCCCUUGGCCUGACGCAGACUCAGGUGGGACAGGCUCUCAGUGCUACAGAGGGCCCCGCGUACAGCCAGUCAGCCAUCUGCAGACACACCAUCCUGAGAAGCCACUUUUUCCUACCACAGGAAGCCCAAGAGAACACUAUAGCUAGCAGUCUGACAGCCAAACUGAACCCUGGCCUUUUGUAUCCUGCCAGGUUUGAAAAGCUGGACAUCACCCCUAAAAGUGCCCAGAAGAUCAAGCCGGUGCUUGAGCGGUGGAUGGCUGAGGCUGAGGCCCGCCAUCGAGCAGGCAUGCAGAACCUGACCGAGUUUAUCGGGAGCGAACCGUCCAAAAAGCGCAAACGGCGCACGUCUUUCACCCCCCAGGCCCUUGAGAUCCUCAAUGCCCACUUUGAGAAGAACACACACCCCUCUGGGCAGGAAAUGACCGAAAUUGCCGAGAAGCUGAACUAUGACCGGGAGGUAGUUAGAGUUUGGUUCUGCAAUAAGAGGCAAGCCCUGAAGAACACAAUUAAACGCUUAAAACAGCACGAGCCAGCCACGGCGGUCCCUCUGGAGCCCUUAACAGACUCUCUGGAAGAAAACUCCUAAAGAGAUGCCCACCCAGAAGCAAAAGCGAAAAUCCGCAGAAACUCAACUCUGGCCCGGGACUCCACCAGAAAAAGAAAAAAAAAAAUUAAAUUUAAAGUAAAAUUUACAAACAGCCCCAGUCAUCACCCUUGUAAGAAAAAGACUAAGAAAACAACCAAGUGGACAGGGUGGUUUAUACGUGUCCGUUGGUUUUCCAAAAAGAAAAAAAAAAUUUUUUGAAAAUUUUUAAACACAGAAUACACACCCUGCAGGCGUGUGCUAAGAAUAGUAGCCUCCGCCACCUGUCUCCCCAAAGCCAGUUUUUUAAGGGACUGAAAGCAAACCAAAUAACCACAUACUUUUUUCUGUGUAUUAUGAAAAUGUGAACACAUUUUAAGGGAAAAGAAAAACAACUAAACCAAAAAGAACAAUCGACAACAACACAAAAACUUUGAUCUGAUCAAAGCAAAUACAAGCCUGCCACCUGGAGGAGGGACCGCAUUUUUUCAGGUUCUAAGUGCUAAUUCACUAUGAAACGUAUUAACCAAAGUCAGAAACAUGGCAUUGCAAACACCACCGUUAGUCUACUCUGCGUGUAAAGUUGUGUUACAGAUUUUUACGUUUGUACUUAACGAAAUCAUAGGAAGCCUGAUUUCUCCCGUCUUUCCCCAUCUAUUGUCACCACCUGUGGGGUGGCCGCCAUUGUUGAAGCCAUUCUAUGAGGCUCACUGUUGGUUUUUAUUUGGGGUGACAGGGUUCUUAUUUUUUUUCUUUGUUUUGAGGGGGGGCAUCCUGGAUCUGUGUGCCAAAGCGUUCAUUGCUUUCUUCUCACUAUGACUUGUGGGUUUGAGAAAAGAAAACGGAGCUCGCAUUUCUCUUUUUUUCCUCCGUUUUUUCCGUCUCCCUCGUGCGUGGCCUCCGGGGUCUGCAGGAAGGCCACGGAGUGGGAACGGGCGUGUUUUCCACUCACAUCCCAGUGAAAUGUAGGAGAGACUCCAAAAUAACUAGGGCUUUGCUCGAUGAUCUGUCAACACUGGCAUAAGCUGUAAUUGUGCUCACUGUCCACGCCAGAUCAUGGGAUUUUUCUCAGUCUGUUGGCCACGUACAUGGAGAGCUGACCAAAACUAAUUUUGUAAUAUAAACAUAAGCUGCACAUUUGGUUCGAUACUUACAUCUAUGUUAUGCUUCUGUGCAAAGCAAUUUCUCUCAGAAGUCUGAUAGCCAAAGAAAUGUCUCAAGAUUUCAGUCAAAAGACACACAUAGCAUGCACACACUCAUAUACACACACACACACGAAGAGAACAGACCAAAAGGAAAGGGGUAGCGACAGGAGCGUUCAAGGCCAUCAUGUGUCCUGUAAAUCUUUUCUGCUACUGCUUUCAUUCCAAUAGCAGACCUUUUUCAGGGGGGAACAAUUGUUCUUGGGACAUAGAAAUGGAGCAGAAAGUUGGCAGAUAAAUUUAAACAGUUGGAAUAGGGGGCUGGGUUCUGGAGGGAAAAGGAAGUUUUAACAAUGAAGUGCCUCCAUUAGAAGGAAAAAUCUAGAAGUGGCGUAUCUAACACAUCACAAUAGCCUUCACUAUCAGAGCUAGGGGGUUAUUUCGUUUUUCAAAGUAACCCACUUAGAAGAUCUGUGGGCCAAAAUAGCCUAAUAAGCCAGAAAGAAAAGCCAAGAUGGAGAAUGGCUGUGCAGGUGAGCACUUGACACCUGUGGUGGAUGCUUCCCCCAGGUACAGGCAAAGGGGCUCAAUUAAAGGAACAGGCAAAGAGAACCGUCCAUUUGCCUGCUGUCGAAAUGUAAAUAUUCCUGAAUAAUUAAUUAAUAAUCAUGCUCAUGUACCAUCUAGAAGUAAAUUGUGGAAGAAAAAAACCUCAAGUUGCCCAACUGAUUGGAAACACCAUCUUCUUCUGCUAACACACUCCCUCCGCCAUGGGGGUUUGGGUUUCUUCCUCUGUCGGCCUCUUUGCUGGUUGUGUCAGUGCAAGGGGAUGCUUGUUCCCACCUUCCAGAUGAUUCCUGCAGCAAUGAGGAGACCACCAGCAAGGAAACUCUAAAAGAAAUCCUGGAAGUGGAACCAGUCGCUUGUAAAGGUGUUUCCAUUUUGAAGUCUGAUGCUAAUUGGACCACAGCUAAUUUGACCUUCAAUGCCAAGGACGUCGUGGUACUCAUUUUGCCACCUCAAAAACUGCACAAAGACCAACAACCCAGAAACCCAAGACUAUAUUGAUUAAACGGAUUUUCUGUUCUCCUGGGACCUGCUCCAAAUUCCAUCAAGAAAAGCUCCCCAAGAAGAGAAGUUAACAAGAUAACAUAUGAUGGAUGCUAAAUGUUUAAACAUAUGCCAACAGCAGUUACAUAAGGCCUGCUCCGUUCGGAGAUCUAUAAUUGGGAAGGUGUAACUAGGACAGUGAAAAUGCAAAAUAAAAGGAAUCUUCCUGAGUGGAAUAAAAGAAAGAUAUUCAUCCCACAGUCGUAAAAUCAUUCAUGUGCAGUGAUUUUUUUUAUAGUUUUAUAAUUUUGUAUUGUUUUAUAAAUUAUUUAUAAGGUGUUGUAAUGCUUCUUAUAUUAAUUUUUUACAGAUAAAUUUUUUGCUACAAGGCAUAAAAAAGGUGCCUGAACAGAUUCUUAGGAAUAUAAAUUAUACUAUGUAACUCGUAAGUCUUCGGGACCACAACUAUUGCUUGAUUUUGUUAUGACAUUUCUUAUUUCCACUUGUGAACAACUUCACAUGCCAAUAGUAUUUAAGUGUCUUUUAUGUUUCUGUGAACUGAAGGUUAAGGCUGCCACAAACAAAAAAUAAAAGCCACUUUGGGCAUACGUGAUUGUAUUUCAAGCUUCACUAUUUUUUUUACAUGUUUGUAAAUUAUUGUCAUCUUCAUUUUCUUCAUUGAUGAAAAAGAAAAAUGACUGAUGUUAUAUUUUACACCCGUUUGUGGGUUUUUUUUCCCUUUUUCAACCCAAACUAAUUUUGAACCGUUGAGAGUUUUAAUUGCAUUGCCAGAGUUUAGUUUCUUUAUGUUGUCAUCACACGAAUACACAUACACAUACACACAAACACACACUCUCACAUACCACAAAAGAGAGAACAAAAAAGCAAAAGGAGCUAGGAAAAAAAAAACCAAGUAGAGGCGUAUCAAAGAACUCAAGCUAUAACCAAAAAGAAAUUGUAAAAUGCCUUUGCUCAUCUUCUCUACGCUGGACCAAAGCUCAAUGUUUGUAGGUAUAUGCACAUUGUAUAGAUAUGGCUAAAUGUUGCUGACAAUCUCGCAAUACUACACUGUUCCUAUUUUAAGAAAAAAAAAAAAAGGAAAUACAAACUGUUCAUCAGUGUUUUACCUCAGCACUCUACUUGUACCCAGUUAAUGACCAAGCUUAAAAAAAUGGAGAAAAAGGAAAUUGAUUUUCAUUUCAAUGUUUGACUGUAAAAUCUGUUUGGAUAACAUUUUGUAAUAAGCUUUUUGUCAUGUAAUUUGCUCGUCUUCAACUUGAAAUUAUGUGAGGCACAUUUGUUGAUUUGUUGUUAAGAAAGUGGUUUUUUUUUUAUCCUACGUGCUGUGAUCUCGACUGGUCACCAGGGUCACUGAUGAGGCCCCGCAAAAAGCUGCUGCUCUGUGCUCAGAGUGGGCAGCAGGAAGGAGGGCAGGAAAACGGACUGGGUUGUUUCGAAAAACUCAUCAUGACGAGAAGUUGACAUGAUGGACUUGUGACCAAGAAGCCAAACUGGAUAUUUAAAAGCUCCUUACUUGCUCUGACAUUGAAACCAAAGCUGAUUUAUCUGCACAGUUUGCUUAACGUUAAAAAAAAAAAAAAACUGACAAAACUGUACUUAAUCUAGAGCAAUAUCUGUAUGGUCAGUAAAGCUGCACUUUGUGUAUUUCUUAACAGCUUCGGAUCUGUCACUUUUAAUUUAUACCAUAAAAAAUAAAGAAUUGUUUGACA